GGGGCAUUAGACCAGAUUCACCGGGAGCGAGAGAGAGCUACAAUCUGCUUAGACUCAACAACACGAUAUCGGUGGGCAUGGAGUCCAAGAUUUGGGGAGAGUGAGGCGACGUUACAAGGUACAAGACACAGGACAGGACAACUCCCAUGGCUGCUACAGCCAGUAGCAGGACUGAACCCAGACCAGGCUGGGUCGCUUUUUCAGAUGAGGGUUCACAGGCAGAUGAGGACCACCUCCAGCCUUCUUUAGACCAGCCUGUGCUGGACUCCUCUACUUGGGCAGAAGUACCAUUUGUGUCUGGUCAGAAGGCAGAGCAGCCGAAUUCCUGGGUUCAGUUUGAUGACAAAGCAUGGCCACCCUCUCCUCCUCCCUCAUCACAGGUAGAAGGUCCCAGGCACAGCAUUUGCUCUUUGGCCAGUUUCUGGAGUGCCGUUCCCCCAUCAGAGAGCAGCUGGACCACCCAAUCAGAGGAGCAGAGCUCCGUGAGCAUGGGGGCGUCUUCCUGUGACCUGCCCUCUCUUAACACUGAAGAGCCACCCAGUCAAACACCCUCCUGUCCCCACUCUCCUAAUUCUUCUGUGUGCCAAGAGGAUGAAGGAAUGAACAUGGAUUCAUUCAACUGGACAGCAAACAACCAACACAGUAAUGGCCAAUCUUAUGUCACCUCCAACCGCUUUGCCAGCUGGGUUACUUUUGAUGAUGAUGAGGACUCGGUUUUCCAACCUCCAGGGAGACAGUCUAAUAUAAAACUGGAUAACCUCAACAAUUCUCCUCUGCAGGAUGCCAAUAGCAAUCUGAUCUCCUCUUCUUUUUGUGGCCAGAAGACAGAGAGAGACAUCCUGGGUUUAACCCCUGAUGGCACCAAUGCCAUCUUUGUCUUUAAUAACACACCAUCGAACAACAGUGUUCCUUACAACAAUAAAAACCCUUUCCUGGAUGAUGAGUUCUCAAACCUACAACCUUCUCCUAUAAACCCUUUCAGUGCCUAUUUUGACAAAACAGACCUGAAAACAUCCCAAGGCAUUGGCUUGUGUCAGGAGGCAUCAGAUGUGUCCACCUUCUGCUCACCAUUCUUUGAGUAUCAAGAUGCUGGUAUAAAAAGGGAGUCUCUAUUGCUUUUUUCAUCUAAGAAAGACUCUGUAGUUGCAAAAGAUAGUAUCCCAUCAGGAUUUCCUGUGGAUGGUCUGGAUCAGCUCAGGAAUAUACACAUCUCUGACCCUGACCAUGACGGUAGUCUUACUCUACCAGAUGAUUCAGUAGAGGUAGUUGACUCCGAUGAUUCAACCUAUGAACCAGACCAUAUGACUCCUCGGGAAGGCUGGCCCAUGCUCCUGCGCAUCCCUGAGAAGAAGAACAUCAUGUCCUCACGUCACUGGGGACCAAUAUUUGUCAGGUUGACGAACAGCGGCCAGCUGCAAAUUUUCUAUGAGAAAGGACUGGAGAAGCCCUUCAAAGAGUUCCAGCUGAACUCCCAGCAUGAAAUAUCUGAACCCAAGCUCCAAAACUACGACGAGAAUGGCCGUGUUCAUACCAUCAGUGUAGACCAUGUGGUUUACAAAGAGAAAAGGAAGAUCCAGUCCAAGGUCACUGUGGUUCAUAUGCCUGUGAGAGAGCAAGUGGUGAAGCUUGGGACAACAAACUACCAAGACUUUUUGAGCUUUCAACAUGCUCUGCAGGAGAGGCUUGUGGGUCUCUCAGUGGAUCAAGAAGGUCUAAACUGGCCAACGACUUACACUGAGGAGGAGGUCCAUGUGGAGGUGAGGGAUAACUUCUAUGGGAUUGUCUCCAAAGGGGACAGCCGUAUCUUGGAGCAGCAAGUUUUGACCCGCGUGUAUAUGCUUGCCUUCUUGAAUGGAUCCCCACCUUGCAGUAUCGGCCUCAAUGAUGUCCAGGUCAAAGGUAAAGAGGUGGUUUCUCGGCAUGACAUAAUUCCUAACUCAACGUCACGUUGGAUUCAACUGCGGGAUAGUCGACUGCAUGAGUGUGCAGACCAGUUAGAGUUUGCAGAGUCCCGAGCCAUUACAUUUAGCCCACUGGUUGGUCGUCACUUUGAACUGCUGCGUUUCCGUACGGCGUUUGCCGAAAAAACCCUUCCCUUCACUCUGAGAACAGUCACUUGCGUCAGGGGUGCGGAAGUGGAGGUGCAGUCCUGGCUGGUGAUGUCAACAGGGUUUUCAUCCAAUCGGGAUCCUUUAACAUUAAUACCAUGUGAAAAUGUUGCUAUCCGUUACCCCAUACCGGAAAUUUGGGCAAAGAACUUUAAGCGGGAGAGUGUGACAGGAGAGAAGUCCCUGAAAGCUCGCUUUAAUAAAGGAGCCAGUUUUGGUUCAACCAGUACAUCAGGGUCCGAACCGGCCAUGAGGGUCACGCUCGGCACAGCGAAAUACGAACAGGCCUUCAGAUCUGUGGUGUGGAGGAUCAGUCGCCUGCCAGACAAGAGCUCAGCACUGGGACAUCCUCAUACAUUCUUCUGUCAUUUGGAGCUGGGUUCAGAUUGGGAGGUGCCUGCUAAGUUUGAGUGCCUGGUGGAGGUUGAGUUUGACAUGCCCUCUGCUUCUGCAUCCAAAGCCACCGUUCGCUCUCUGUCCGUGGGGGACAGAACUGACUUGAAGAAAUGGAUCACCUACAGAUCACAUUACUCCUAUCAGGUGGCAAUGGAGCAGAAGAAUGAGAGCACAUUGGACAGCCCUCAGAAGGAGCAACCAGGCCAGUGCGCUCAACAGUGAGGAACCAGGAAGAGAGGGAGGUUUAUAGCUUGCACUAGUUGAACAAGAGAAAGUUCAACCCUAAACCGGGGUAGUUUUCGUUUACAUUUCUUGCUCAUUUGGACAAUUUUUUUUUCUUUUUUGCAAAGGUUACGUGUAGUAUUGAAAGAUUGCAGAUCCCUUGCAACACUACAGUAUAUUUCCAGAUCUCCACAGGCAUUGCAUGUCCAAGUAUUUCAAGAAUAUGAUUUGCUAUUGCAGCAAAGUCCAGAGCUUUUAUUUUACGGACAUGGAAAUCUGGCAUUGCCCACAUAGCGAAUAACUCGCAAUCAUCUCAUAAAGUAAUCCUAUUUGCCUAAACCGAUGCAGCUGUCGUGGUUUGUCUUAACUGCAGAUAUCACACAAAUGUUGUGUAAAUUUUUCUGUAUAUUUUGGCCUAUGAAGAGUCAUUUGUGUAGUGGUACCAAGUAAAUUUUCUUGCUAUUUAACUUUGUACAGAGGAUAACGAGGGACUCGUUUUUUAAAUUAGAAGACAAUUAAGUACACCUCACUAAUUUCUAAUUAAAAAAUACAUGUUAGUAAAAUGAAAGGUACCAGCAAUGGAAUAGUUUACCUUAGAUUUGUGUUUAUGAGUCUUAAAUGAGCACAUUUUAAUUUGUUUUUAUGAAUAUUUAUUAGAGCAACAAAAAUUCCAAGUGAAAAUGUCAUUCGCAUUGAAUUAAUUUGUUCACGUUUUGUUUGCCACAUACACGGAAUCAAAUCUGAGUAAUUGCAAAUGUGUUCAAGUCUUAAAGCGUAGUACUGCAGUGAGGGAAAUGGUCAUGAAUGUCAAAUACACUGUACUUUGCAUAUCUUGAUGAGUUUAAGCGAGUAUGUUUUUUUUUUUUAAGUUUAACAAUUAAGUAUAGGUUCAAAAGUAGUGUCAUAAUUACUAGAGCUUAAACUUUGUUAAACUAACAAGUACUGCUGUGAUUUUUCUUCGCGUUUCUUUUCAGGUUUAUGUACUGUUCAUUUAACAUUUUAACUGUUGUUUAACUUUUUUGGGGAGUCGCAGUUGCUAUGAUUGUUCGGUGCACAAACUUAGUACUAAUCAAGAAUGAGUUUGAAAAUGACAUAACGCAUGUUUUAAUCAUAUUUAAAAUGAUUAUGAUUUAAGAUUGCUCUAUUUUGUCCUGUAACACAGAGGAAUACACUAAACAGAAAUAUCAAGUGCCUCGUGAUGUUUAAUCUGACCUGACCAUGAUCUCACACUUGUGUUAGACUAAAAACAAAAAAUGAUUAAAAAAAAAAGUG